CGGUGACGUUGGUUCAUGGAAGUUUUCACCGUGGGGCUGCUAAAGAUGCCUACAUCAUGCUAGAUAGAACCAUAGGUUUAUCAAAAUGCACAAUGCUACGUAGUUUUCUUUUCUUUUUACUGCAGGAUGGCUAUAUAAGAGAGGGUUUAGGCUGCACUGAAGAUCAUCAGCUCAACUCAGCCUUCUUGUCUUCUCAAGUUGUCUUAAAUCGCCAACCAUGCCUGCCGUCUCGGCUGCCGCCUGCUGCGCCGCCGCUACGCCGGCGAACGAGGUCGUCGAGGACCUCUUCGGCUUCCUGCAAGUCCUCAGUGACGGCACCGUCUUCCGGUCGCCGGCAGAACCGGUGUUCUGCCCGACCACCUUCCCCGCCAGCCACCCCUCCGUGCAGUGGAAGGAGACCGUCUACGACAAGGCCAAGAACCUCCGCGUCCGCAUGUACAAGCCGGCCGCCGCCGGGAACAAGCUGCCGGUGCUGGUCCACUUCCACGGCGGUGGCUUCUGCCUCGGGUCGUGCACGUGGGGGAACGUCCACGCGUUCUGCCUCCGCCUCGCCGCGGACGCCGGAGCCGUCGUGCUCUCCGCCGGGUACCGCCUCGCCCCCGAGCACCGCCUCCCCGCGGCGCUCGACGACGGCGCCGGUUUCAUGCGCUGGCUCCGGGAGCAGUCCGCGAACGCCGGCGAGGCCCUCGACGCCUGGCUCGCCGAGGCCGCCGACUUCGGCCGCGUGUUCGUCACCGGCGACUCGGCCGGCGGCACCAUCGCGCACCACCUCGCCGUGCGUGCCGGCUCCGCCGCGGCCGCGGAGCAAGGCGAGACGGCGGGAGACCCUGCUUUCACGGUCCGCGGCUACGUCCUGCUGAUGCCGUUCUUAGGCGGCGUCCGGCGCACGCCGUCGGAGGCCGAGUGCCCGGCGGAGGCGUUCCCGAACCUUGACCUCGUCGACCGGUUCUGGCGGCUGUCGCUGCCGGCCGGCGCCACCAGGGACCACCCGGCGGCGAACCCGUUCGGGCCGGACAGCCCCGACCUGGGCUCGGUGGACCUCCGGCCGGUGCUCGUGGUCGCCGGCGGCCUCGACUUGAUCCGCGACCGCACCGUCGAGUACGCGGAGCGGCUGGCGGCGAUGGGCAAGCCGGUGGAGCUCGCCGAGUUCGCCGGCAAAGCCCACGGGUUCUACCUGCACGAGCCGGGGUCCGAGGCCACCGGCGAGCUGAUCCGGGCCGUGGCUCAGUUCCUCGACGGCUGCGUCGCUGCGACUGAGGCUGGUGCAGUUCUGUAGUCCAGUUGGUCCGUAGUGUCACCUGAGGAACAGAACAUGGAAUCCGCUGACAGCGAGCUUAUACCAACUUCAUCAAUUUCAAGAUCUAUGGUCUAAUUUCUCGGAAGUAUUUAUAAGGUAGAGUGUGCGUACGAAUCCCAUAUAUGUAAGUCUAUGUCAACUUACCAAGCAUGAGUUUUUUUGCAGUUUGUGUUCAUGGAUGUAAGUCGGAAUGUUUAGUCGUGAAAGUCUCUACAUAUAUAAACAUGUGCUUAUUGGACUAUAUA